UUUCUGUGACGUAAUCUUUCAGUUGUCAUUUGUCAUGCUGUCAAUUUUUGUCGUUAUUUGUGUUGUAUGCAAAGCUGUGUAGAUCAGUUUUCCAAUCAAAUUAAUUAAUAGUAUUUCACGUUAAUAUAAUUUAUUAAUUGUAAUCGUUGAAUUAGUCCUUUUAUUCUUCGGAUAAUCUAGCGUCAUCUUUCUAUUACUGUUUUUUAUGAAGUGACCAUAUACUUUAUUGGGCCACUUUGACAGUUCUGUGCUGAGUUGAGCAUCAAUCAUUCAUGGAGUUUGAAUUGAGCAAAGAAAACAUUUUACCUCUUGCCGGAGGUAGAAAUGUGCAACAACUUGGCAUGGGUUUACAGGCCCAAACUAACAGGGGAUUACAAUUAGAACUAUUACAACAAAAAGAACAAUGGGAAACACUAAUCAAAUCGUACACAGGAGAAGACCCUUUAGACAAUUAUUACAGGUACAUCAGUUGGAUUGAACAGACCUAUCCCAAACAUGGACAUGAGGGCAAUCUAAUUCCACUCCUCGAACACUGCUUAAGUUUAUUUGAAAACGAUCAAAGAUAUAUCAACGAGAGGCGGUUUUGUAAAUUAUGGAUCAAAUAUAUCGACUUACAACAAAAUCCCUUUGAACUGUAUCACAUGAUGAAAGCCAAAGGACUGUGUACGGGCUGUGCAGAUUUCUACAAAGCAUGGGCGUAUUAUCAUGAAGCUGCGGGAGAUUUUCAAGCUGCAAAUAAAGUUUUCGAGGAGGGAAAGAAUAACUGUGCACAGCCAUUUGAAGAUCUUAUGCAUGCACAUCAAAAUUUGAUAAUGGCAGCUGGGCAGCACUUGAUAUACGGCCCUGACGAAUGUCGAUUAAUAGAAAAGCGUCAAGCGCUCACCGCCUUGCACACUUACAAACCGGGAAAAGUAUCAAGUGUGCGCGUUCCUAGCAGCAAUGGCGUAGUUACAGUUCCUUCAAACAGCUCGAGCUCAUCAUCUAGAUCUAACGCUUCUGUAUACGUACAUGAAGAUCGACCAGGAGAGACGGCGGCAGCCGUCGUCGAUGCUCCACCCAUCAGUAUUAUUGCCGCCGCGAAGCGACAAGAGGUGCCCAAGGAAAACACUUUGAAGGCCGGACCUUGGACGGGUACUGUCCCGGUGAAGAAACGUGUGAUUGGCAGCGGUGCGGGAAAAGUGGCUGGAUUUUUAGUUCACGAAGACACUGAGGAACCUCAACGAGGCUUACGUUUACCGAAAAACUACCCAAAAACAACUCUUGAGGAUUACACAGACUGGCAUGUCGCUGUUAGUUAUCCCGAUCCGCCAAAUCCGGCAGAGAGACCGAUGUAUCCAAAACAACUAGUAUAUGCUGAGCUCAAUACAGAAUUUUGUAUUGAAGAAAUUAGGGCUAGGCGGUAUCUAAAGAAAACUAGUCAACAACCUAUUCUGAUUGAUGAUGAUGAAGAAGUUGAAUUUGUUCAAGAAACCACGUCUCAGGCUCAGAAUGAUUCUCUCUGUCGCUCAUUAAAACGGUCGCCGUUGUUGAAAACGCCUUUACAGUUUAAAUCAUCACCAAUGCACGUCCAACAACAUUUACCAUCGAGACAAUAUGUUUCGCCGAUGCAACCCCAGCAACCGGUGCGACAUCUGGCUGUACCGAUGCAAAGUCAACAGCAUACACCAACACAGCAUACACCAACACAGCAUCAAGAAUCGCCUAUGCAAGCCCAACAACAUUUAUCACAGCGACAGCAUACUUCACCUAUACAGCAGCAAGUAGCGCCCAUGCAAGUUCAGCAUUUAGCGACGCUAUCUCCUAUGCAAACUCAGAAUUUAGCGACGGUAUCACCUAUGCAAACUCAACAUUUAGCAACGGUAUCGCCUAUGCAAACUCAACACUCACCAAUGGAAACCCAAUCUUCUCCCAUGCAAGAUCAGGAUUGUAGAUUAUUUGAAAUGACAUCUGAUGACGUUGUGAGUUGGGGCGUACCUAAGGCUAACUUCAAUAUAUGGCAGUCGCCAGCAAAUAAGGCGGGGCCAUCUUUUAACAUAUUCGAACAGAUACUGGAACAAAAUCAACCCAAAGGUAGUGCUAUGAAAACUGCCUUCAAGUCACUGAAUGCUGACGAAUUAGCCGAAACAGGAUCUCGGGGGGGCAUGGACGUAGCAGUUACCGCCCAGGCCACUGACAGUGCUAAGAGGGUGUCCCUGUUUUGUGACAACAGCUCUAUGGACGAUACUGUCAACACCAAUGCUUUCUUCAGUUUGAACACGAUGCAAGCCAGUACACCCCAGAAAAUGGUUUCAGUUAGUGAUCAGAAUAUGAUUCCAGUUAGGGAUCAGAAUAUGAUUCCAGUUAGAGAUCAGAAAAUGAUUCCAGUUAGGGAUCACAAAAUUUUGAGCAUAAUUGAAGAAGAGAAGAGCUUGUUUGGUUCUUCCAGUUCAUCUGGUUCGGGUACGACAAACCAACUCGGCAUGAUAUCAGAAGAACAUAACAGCAAUUUGGCCCAGAACCUGAUGGCUAAUGCAGAAUUGAGAUCAGUCCUGGGCAAUCUGAUUGGAACCACUCAAUCCGGAAGGGAAAAUCAAAACAGCACAAUUCAUUCAACCAUGCUUGAAUCAUCUAUGAGAGAAAUGCCGGCGCCUGCUACUGUUAAGCCUCUGGAUUUUGUGCCUUCUGAUCCUUUCAAAAGUCAGUUGAUCAGCCAGCUACUGGAAAGGGUAGCUUUUCCUGGACCACAUACCUUUGGAUACACGGAGGUACAAUUUAUACCUAGGCUUUGUGUCAAGAAGGAACCUAUUUGUGUCGGGCGCGAGAGGUAUGUAGUUGAUAAACAAUUAGGAAAGGGUACAUUUGGUACUGUAUACAAAGCGAUAGAUGUAGGAUGUAAUAUGACAGUAGCAAUGAAAUUUCAAAAACCGGCAAAUAAAUGGGAAUAUUAUAUAUGCAGGGAGUUGCAAUCUAGGCUGGCAAAUCACCCUUUAAGGGAUAGGUUUAUGGACGUACCAUUGGCUUAUUUUGGUGAUCAAGCGUCGUUAAUAAUUUCAACAUACAUGCCCGGAGGAUCUCUACUUGAUUUAGCCAACGUACACAAACAGAAACUAGGAAAAACCAUGAAAGAAUGUUUAGUAGUAUACUUCUGCAUCCAAAUGCUUCAAAUAGUUCAAGCUAUGCACCAGGUGCACAUUAUUCAUGCCGAUAUUAAACCCGACAACUUCCUCGUUUUCAUUACCCCCGAAAACACUGUAGGCCUGCAACUUAUAGACUUUGGUUGCAGCAUCGAUAUGUCAUUGUUCCCUCGUAAUGCUUCUUUCAGGAGGCGCGUUACGACUGAAGACUUUAUUUGUUGUGAAAUGUUGGACGAGCGACCUUGGAACUACCAUACAGACAUGUUUUGCAUAGCUGCCACAGCUCACGUAUUGCUUUUUGAUACGUAUAUUAAAUUACAAAAAAAGGAAAAUGUAUGGUCAAUUCAACAAAGGUUUCCUAGGUAUCUCAAAGUAGAUUUGUGGAAUAUGUUCUUUAGUACUCUACUUAAUCAACAGACUGGUCCAGCUGAUGCUGCAUCAUUGAUAUUAUUAUUCGAAGAAACUCUAGAGACUUUGAAUAAAGACACAAUCUCGGCAUUACCCAGUCAGAUGAGAAUUAUCGUAAAUUUACUUAAAAAUAGAUAGUCCUUUUACGCUUGUCUUAGGCACUUAUAUCAGAUAAUAAUUUAUAAUUUUUAUUGUAGUUUAGGCUUACAUUUAAAAAUAUUAUUUUUACAAGGCUGUUUUCUUUUUUGUUGAAAUUAGAUUUGUAUAUGAUAGUUUCUCUCAUAUAUUAUAAUAAUUGUCAAUAUAUGUUGAAUGACACAGUUGUUUCUUUUUU